AUGACUACUCGCACUGGAUCAAUUACGAGCGCCCGCGAGGAAUCGCAGCUCAAUUCGACGAAAGGGGUCCAGAAUGAAACCGAGGUCUCUCCGCCAUCAAGUUCAACUGCAAAGAAACGAAGUAAAUAUCGCCAUGUAGCUGCAUAUCACUCGGAAUCUCGUCAUUCCAGCCUCAGUCGAGAGGCCGAGGUGCUCCCUAACUUCCUGGGUUUUCGAAAUCUCAUGGUGUUGUAUGGCGUGCUAAUCUGUAUUAAAUGCCAUGACUACCGCAGGCAAGACGUUGUUCUGGGGUCUAUAUUGUUUGCCUCUGUUCCAUGUCAUCUACUUGUGGCAUACAUCAUUGAGCUUUCAGCCGCUACGGCAGCCAAGCAGACCGUGGGCCGUCAGAAGAAGACAGAGAAAGAGAAAGAGCACGAUCAGAAGGUCUUCCAGUCCACAUGGCCGUACACUGCUUUCCUGCACACGCUCAAUGCGACGUUAUGCCUCACAGUAACCAGCUUCGUGGUGUAUUUCUACAUUCAUCACCCAGGCAUUGGGACAAUAUGCCAGCUGCACGCGAUUAUUGUGUGGUUGAAGAACUGCUCUUAUGCCUUCACAAACCGAGACCUCCGUCUCGCUAUGCUCAAUCCCUCCGCAGACCCGGGCUUGCCCGAAAUCUACUCCUCAUGCCCCUACCCGAGGAAUAUUACCAUCAACAACCUAGCGUACUUCUGGCUGGCGCCGACGCUCGUAUAUCAGCCUGUUUAUCCGCGCACAGCAUCCAUCCGGUGGUCAUUCGUUGCAAAGCGCCUCGCAGAGUUCGUGGGUCUGGCAGUGUUCAUUUGGCUUCUCUCUGCGCAAUAUGCCGCACCUGUGUUGCGCAACUCGAUCGAUAAGAUCGCAAUAAUGGAUAUAGCCUCGAUUUUGGAGCGGGUUAUGAAGCUGUCCACUAUCUCGCUGAUUAUUUGGCUUGCUGGCUUCUUUGCAUUGUUUCAAGCGCUUUUGAACGCUCUGGCCGAGGUCAUGCGGUUUGGAGACCGCGAGUUCUACACCGACUGGUGGAACAGCUCGAGCCUGGGUAUGUAUUGGCGAUCUUGGAACCGGCCUGUCUACUUGUUCAUGAAGAGACAUGUCUACUCUCCGCUGGUGGGUCGUGGAUGGAGCCCUCUGGGUGCGAGUGGAAUGGUUUUCACGCUCUCUGCGAUUCUUCACGAAAUGCUCGUGGGAAUUCCCACACAUAAUUUCAUUGGUGUCGCGUUCUUUGGCAUGAUGUUCCAGCUGCCGUUAAUUAGUCUCACCGCACCGUUAGAUAAUAUGCGCGGACCUGAAGGCAGGGUUAUUGGAAAUUGCAUCUUUUGGGUCAGCUUUUGUCUAGUCGGACAACCACUUGGAGCACUCCUAUACUUCUUCGCUUGGCAGGCCAAGUAUGGGAGUGUAAGUAGGAUGGUGCCGAACAUGGGAGCAUGA